GGGCGAGAAAGAUUUGAGGGCUUCUCCCAGAGACCAUGUGCCCCGGGAGUAGGUCGGUUUUUCCACCCAUCUUCCCCGCCCUUUCUCCGCCUUUCCUGAUCCUGAAGACCGCCUGGCUGCGAAGCGAGCGACGGUGGCUAUAGCAACCCCGCCGCCGGCUAAGGCCCGCCUCUUGCUUUGCUUUGCUUUUGCCUGCGCAGAGAGGGAGGAGGGAGACGGAAACAGCCGAGAGGCGGCGGGUCUCCCGGGGCCGGCCCUAGGGGCGAGGAGCCGGCUCUAGGCCGGGAACAUGGGAGUCAAGAUGGACGAAAGCGGCGAGCGCAGGAGCUGGCGGAGCAGCCCAGUAAUUGACUAUCUGACCAUUCCUAGGUAUGGACUAGCAAGCCCAUUCAAAGGACAUUUAAGUACAAAAAGUAAUGCUUUCUGCAUUGACUCCUCCUCCCGCAGACUCAGUAAUCAGUACCUCAUCAGGGAUCACAUGGCUGUUCAUUACAAUAAAAUACUUUCAGCCAAAGCUGCUAUAGACUGUUCAUUACCAAAAAGCAGAUUAAACAGCAUAAAAUUUUCAGAUCAGCAACGAAGAGAGAAAUUGAAGAUAGAGGUAGAAAAAUGUGAGAAGGAGAUGAUUUCAUCUCAACAGGUAUCCCGAUCAAGUUCCAGGGAGAGUAGAAGACUGCUGUCUGCUACCUAUAGAAAACCCACCCCAACACAGGAUUCAUCAGAACCAGCAGACAAGGAACUCGUAAGGGCACCAUGUGCACAGAAGUAUGGGUCAGACCCCCUAUCGACUCCAGAGAAGCAAAGCACAAUCUUUCAAAGGAAAGAAAAAAAUAACAAAAAAGUUGGUCCAAAAAUCUCCAGCUUAUCAAUUGAAAGCUCAGAUUCCAGCAUUUCAGGCCUACAAAAAUUACAUUCUAGAGUUUCCUGCAGUUCUUCUGACACUACAGCAAGCAAGCAUUCUUCAAAAGCCCAAACUCCCGACUCCAGAGCAUGCAGUGGGGAUCUCCUGGAUAAGCAUUCCCAACAUUUUACCAAUGGUCAGCAGCCGUUCACUCCAAGGACUUUAAAGUCGGACGCAAAAUCCUUUCUUUCACAGUACAGAUAUUACACCCCAGCGAGACGGAAAGUAAGGGAGAAUCUAAGGCAACAGAUAGAAGCAGAAACACAAACUGAAAUAAGCAGUUUUCAAGCCGAGCCUGAAGCAGCUGAAAAAAAGAAUUUGCCUAGUUUUCAGACAAUCACGAAGGAGGUAGAAGAUCCCAGGUUUUCUAAUGAGCAGAAGUCUGAUGAAAUGAAAACUAUUUCUCGGUUAUCCUCUCCAAGAGCAAUUUCUCCAUGUUCUGUUGAGUCCCCAACCAUGAGGAAAAUCCAAGCUGAAGAAGAAGAACUGAGGUAUUUAAAUUUUAUUCAGGACAUAACAGAUGAAAUUCUGAAGCUUGGGUUAUUUUCCAACAGGGCUUUGGAAAGGUUGUUUGAACGUCACAUAGAACUAAACAAGAACCAUUUAAAUAAGAACAAAAUGCGCCACCUGCUGGAGAUUCUAAAAGUAGACUUAGGUUGCAACAGGGAGGAAAAUUCUGCAGGAGUGUCCGAUGCAUAUAGGCAUUUACAGAAUGAAUCAGCAGAGCACCUUCAACUUACCAGUAUAUCCCAGAGCAAAGUGUCAGAAAGCGAAGAGCUGUUAAAUGCAGUGGAUUUAAUAACAAGUGACCUCACUGUACAUGAUGAUGAAUUCCAGAGAGUGGAAGACCAGGAUGCAAUUUCUCAGGAUAUCAAGGAAUUACUGAACAUUGAGCUGAAUCCCCUGUCCAUGAAAACUGAUGAAACUCCAGAUAACACAUGUCCAUUGCCACCAACAUGCAAUUCAACCACAUGUAAUGCUGACUUUGAAACAAGCGAAUAUUUGAGAGAAGUUGAUGAACUGAAAGAAAACAUGACGGAACCCAUCUCUUUGGUCAGGGCCCAGGAGUAAACAACUAGCAGCAAAGCACCAAACGGGGCAGUUCAUCUAGUCAACAGUGCAGAGAUCUGAACUUUGAAAAUUAAAUAAAAUGCUAGCAAAUCAGA